ACACUCUAUUAACAGCAUAUGAAAUUAUGCAGAUGAUACUGAAAUGCCUAAAAUCUAAUUUUGUUUAACAGUAGAGUCUUUCUACUUUACCCAUUUUGUUGAAGCCAAAUAUUCUCAUAUCUCUAUUUCAAUUGGGUUCGGACAAUGCCCUCCAUGCGUUUGACGAAAUGCCGCAUUUGAAUCAUCCUUCACGGAAAUACUGAAACCCAAUUUUCUUCCAUCUUAUUUUUGCUUGUCUUUGAUGAUUUCCAGGUUCGACUGACUUUCAGCACUUAAGUCUGUUUUGGGUUUUCGUCGUGGAAGGUUAAAAACAAGAAAGCAACCAUGGAUGUUGAUUCACAGCCAACUAUGGAGGAAACUAUUUUGGUAGGCGAUGAUCUAAUGACAGGCCCACCAUCACCCGUUAUUCCACCAGAAAUUGCUUCUCAUGUGCUUGAAGGUGUUGAUAUGUGUGAUGGGAUAUUGAGGAAUCUAUUUUUGUGUCUGCAAAUCAAUGAUAUUGAGCCAUUCUGUCAAGAUGAGCUUGUUAUGUAUAAACAGUGCGCUGAAAAAAGGGAUAGGGAACUAAGGAAACGACUUCAAGACAGUGAGCGCAAACUGGGGUUAUCAAUGCCUUUAAAUGAAGCAAAGGAAAGAGCUUCUCAGCUCGAAAAGGAGGUCACAUCUUUAGAUAGGCGCUUGAUACUUGCUAGUGGACUUGAAGGCAUAGAAGGUUUUCGGCAGAGAUGGAGUUUGCAUGGUCGCCUUACAGAUACCAAGAAAAGGUUGGAGUCCUUGAAGCAGGGAAUGGAGACCAGGAAAAAGGACUAGCUCGCUGGGCUGCGACUUUAGUAAUAUGGUUCUUCUGGUCAAGUUUCAUGCUGCAUGUGUGGAAAUGGACCCGUCCAUAUGCCUGAUAUGGUUUGGGACGUAGUUUAAUGAUAUACUCAGUUUCGACUUUCCUUCCAAGAAUUUUUCAAGGAUGCAUUACUUUUGAGAAAAUCUGAGCUCUUCAGUGAUUCGCGCCUCUUUAAAAACCACAAUGAAGAUGUGAAUGGCCAGGUUAUAUUAGUGACAUGAGUGUAAUUGGAAAUUUGAUUUUAUCACCAGCAAGGGUCUCAGUCUUUGCACCCAAAUGAAGUGUUGGGAAGGUAUCAUCAUGAUACCAAUUUUAUCACGUUUUCA